UGAACUUUAUAUAAAUGGAAUAAUAUAGCACAUAGCCUUUAUGUCUUGCUUUCUUCUCUUACAUUAUAUUUGUAAGAUUCGUUAAGUGUUAAAAACAUAUAUUUGUCUUUUACUCAGUCUCAUUUACUGGUUACUAUUCAACAGUGUUAAUAUGCUACAAUUCACUCAUACUACUGGAAAAAUAAUGGCAUAAUAAAUAUAAAAAUAAUGGCAUCUGGGUAAUUGCCAGUUUGGAGCUAUUACGAAAACUGCUGUAAAGAACAUUCAUGUGGCAGAGGAGACACCACCACCGCAGUUGCCGCCACCUCCGGGAUUUCUGGCUCUUUUCUCUUCGCCUUAAAUUCGGGUGUCUUUUAUGAAUAAUCAAAAGCAGCAAAAGGCAACGCUAUCAGGCCAGGGUUUUAAAACCAGAAAAAGAGAUGAAAAAGAGGUUUGACUCUACUCAGUUUCAAGACUGCAUUAUUCAAGGCUUAACUGAAACUGGUACUGAUUUGGAAGCAGUAGCAAAGUUUCUUGAUGCUUCUGGAGCAAAACUUGAUUACUGCCGAUAUGCAGAAACACUCUUUGACAUUCUGGUGGCCGGUGGAAUGCUGGCCCCAGGUUUUUAACAAGUUAAUCAGGUGCUACAAAUACCUGGAGAAAGGUUUUGAAGAUGAAGUUAAAAAGCUGCUGCUGUUCUUAAAGGGUUUUUCAGAGUCGGAGAGGAACAAGCUGGCUAUGUUGACCAGUGUUCUUCUGGCUAAUGGAACACUUAAUGCAUCCAUUCUUAAUAGCCUUUAUAAUGAGAAUUUGGUUAAAGAAGGGGUUUCAGCAGCUUUUGCUGUAAAGCUCUUUAAAUCAUGGAUAAAUGAAAAAGAUAUCAAUGCAGUAGCUCCAAGUCUUCGGAAAGUGAGCAUGGAUAACAGACUGAUGGAACUUUUUCCUGCCAAUAAACAAAGCAUUGAACACUUCACAAAGUAUUUUACUGAGGCAGGCUUGAAAGAGCUUUCAGAGUAUGUUUGGAAUCAGCAAACCAUAGGAGCUCGUAAGGAACUCCAGAAAGAACUUCGAGAACAGAUGUCCCGUGGUGAUCCAUUUAAGGAUAAAAUUUUGUAUGUCAAGGAGGAGAUGAAAAAAAACAACAUCCCAGAACCAGUUGUCAUCGGAAUAGUAUGGUCCAGUGUAAUGAGCACCGUGGAACGGAACAAAAUAGAGGAGCUUGCAGCAGAGCAAGCCAUCAAGCGCUUGAAGCAAUACAGCCCUCUCCGUGCUGCCUUUACGACUCAAGGUCAGUCUGAGCUGACUCCGUCACUGAAGAUUCAGGAGUAUUGCUAUGACGACAUUCAUUUCAUGAAAGCCUUCCAGAAAAUAGUGGUGCUUUUGUAUAAAGCUGAAGUUCUGAGUGAAGAACCCAUUCUGAAGUGGUAUAAAGAUGCACAUGCUGCCAAGGGGAAACGUGUCUUCCUUGAACAAAUGAAAAAGUCUGGAGAGUGGCUCAAAAAUGCUGAAGAAGAAUCUGAGUCUGAAGCUGAAGAGGGUGCCUGAAUUUGAAACUACAUCCUCAGUAAAGCAAACAGGAGUUGUAGAUAAAAUGUCAUGUCUCAUGUGUCCUGGUUCUUACAUCUUCCUACCUCCCUAUAUCAAGCAUGAUAUAAGGGCUUUCAUGGCAAAGUUCAUUUUAACUGUUUCUAUGGUUACUGGAAAUGUUGGAUUUAGUUUCUAAAACCAUGUUUUAGAACUAGUCUAUCUGGGAGAAUCCUUCUUUGUCUCUUCCAGCUUCUAGUGAACCCUAGUGCUCCCUGGCUUUGGACAGCAUAACUCCAAUCUCUGCUGUCUUCACAUGGCCUCC